AUGGCACAAUUUUUGCGAGGCAAGCAGACGGGUAUUCAAAGAGACCUUUCUGAAGGCUUGUCUCCUGAGCUAUUUGCGCUCGACGACUUCGAGCGAUGCGGUGUGAAUUCACAGAUCAGCGUGAUAGCAUACGAUCCCGUACAGUCCCUCCUCGCCGUCGGAACCAGCGAUACCCAGUUUGGAAGCGGCCAGAUCUAUGUGUUUGGGCAGGGGCGAGUGUUGCUGGUGCUUGAGCUUCCGCGCAAGGCUUCGGCCAAGUUCCUCCAGUUCUGUGCCGACAAACUUGUCAGUAUUGACUCAAAGAAUGAGAUCAGCGUGUAUUCUCUGGAAACCCGGCGUCUGGUGACUUCAUAUGCACCCCCAGGCCAGGCCACUUGCCUGGCGUCGGACUCAAGUCUUGAUUACGCCUUCAUUGGUCUUUCAAAUGGUGAUGUAAUCGCAUACGAUCUCGACCGACAGUCCUUGACUCCUUUCAAAAUCCCGAACCUUUGGCUGUCACAGAACCCACGGUCCCGCCUCUGCCCCGUGGUGUCACUCGCAUUCUCUACCAGAGACAUUGGCAAGAUCCUCGUGGGAUACCCAGAAGGUGCAGUGACAUUCACCUUUAAACAAAACAUUGCUCAAAAGUACUUCAUCUAUGAGAUCCCUGCUGGUGCGCCAGGCGGCGACCCCGGUAGGCCUUCCAGCGGCGUGCGCAGGCCCAGACUCACGGAUGCAAUUUGGCAUCCAAAUGGAAUUUUUGUCUUGACUGUCCACGAAGACACCAGUCUUGUACUUUGGGAUUCGAAAGAUGGCCGCAAACUUCAUGCUAGGACGCUCCAGGCUACAAAUAUUGACCAACCAGGUGGGGGCCGGCCAGAUCCAGAGGAAGCAACCGGGCCCAAGGAGCCUAUCACAAAAGUAACAUGGUGCGCCAAAGAAAAUCCAGACGACACGGGACUUCUGGUUGCAGGUGGAAAGCCUGUCCAGGAUGUGAACAAGGGUCUCACUUUCUUGGAUAUGGGACCAACACCUAACUAUCAGACAUCCUCUUGGCAAGUGAUCUCAGGCUAUUUUGAGCGGUCAAGAAAACACAUCAGUCUCCCAAUUCCGCCAGGUGCGAUGGCUGCAACAUAUUGUUUGAUUCCUCGCUCCUCGCCAUAUUUCGCUGGGGCCCAUGACCCGAUCGCUAUACUUGCGGUACUCUCUUCAGGCGAACUACUUAGCAUGAGUUUCCCGAGUGGCCACGCAAUCACACCCACAAAUAUGCUCCAUCCUUAUCUUACAUUUGUUCAUCCAUUUGUAAAUAAGGUCACACUGACUCCUGUUUCUCGUGAUACCUGGCUUGGGUUAAGAGAGCGCCGGGCACAAGGGCCUAAGUUCGUCUUUGGCGGUGCUGAGGCGAGGAAUCCUCUUAAACGUUAUGAGAACCGAAAUAUAGUCACUACCGCUCAUGCGGACGGUACCAUCCGCAUCUGGGACGGUGGCCACGAUGAUGAAAUUGAAAACACCGAGACAAUCCAGGUUGAUUUGGCUCGGGCAGUGGGCCGAGUUCGCAAUAUUGAAGUAACCGAGAUGUCUCUUGCGGCGAGUGGGACGGGUGAGCUGUCUGUUGGAUUGGCGAGCGGCGAGCUCGUUAUCUUCAGAUGGGGCAAUAAUGCCUCUUAUGGCAGAGAGGAGGCUCCCGGUGCCAAUCAGGGCCCUGGGCGGUUGACACCCAUCACAAACAGAACAGAUCCUGGCUUGAAGACGGGUUUGAUCCCUCUCACACUGCUGGAUAUGCAGCAAGGGCCGGUGACUGCGCUAAAGCACACCGCGGUAGGCUUUGUUGCCGCAGGCUAUGAGGGUGGAGGCUUGGUCAUUCUUGAUUUGCGAGGUCCUGCGAUCAUCCAUGUCGCACAAAUCUCCGAUUUCCUGAAGGCACCAAAGCGCAGCAGUUUCCGCAAGCCAAGUCGCUCAGAUAGUGCGCCAGCUGAGUGGCCCACUCACAUUGAGUUUGGUGUGAUGACAUUGGAAGGAGAAGAUUAUUCGAGCAUUUGCUGCUUUGUAGGCACAAACAGAGGAAAUUUGGCGACCUUCAAGAUAAUUCCAAGCGCCAAUGGAGCAUACUGUGCCGCGUACGUUGGAGUUUCUAAUGUUGAAGACAAGGUCAUCAAAAUUAUUCCCAUUGAUGCGGAUUCCGGCGGUAACGCUCUUGCCACGCCGAAUACAGUCGGCGGAUUACGGAACGGCGAGAAGAUCAACGGCGUUGUGAUCGCUGUUACAGUAUCUGGAUGCCGGAUUUUCAAGCCACCGACCGCCAAGGGCGCUCACAAAACAUGGGAUGAUUACCUCUGUGAUUCAGCCCAAGUCGUCAAGUCUGAAGGCCGAGGGUACAGUUUAGUUGGUCUCUUCGGCGAUGGAAAUGCUCGCGCAUUUUCUAUCCCAGCCCUGAAGGAUAUCGGAUCCGCUAAGAUCAGCCAAAUCGCUGACAUGCGUCGUCUUUCGGAAGCAUGCAUCACGCCCACUGGUAGUGUGAUGGCAUGGAUUGGGCCUUCACAGAUUAGCCUGUUCAACGUAUGGGGCAAAGGGUCUACAAUGGGCCUCUCUCAAGAUCGUCUUUAUGACCCAGAGAAGGUGGUACCCCCACGCCCUACAAUCACUAACAUCCAGUGGAUCUCCGGCACCCAAUAUGUCUCACCGGCUGAUAUGGACAUUCUGAUCGGAGGCCCAGAUCGUCCCCCGUCAAAGCGAAUGGUCGAACAAAUGAGAUUGACCGAGGAUGAGCAGCGCAAAGCUGCCCGAGAGGGCCGUGCAAACCAACCACAAGGUGACCAGGAAGGCUGGGGAUCAUAUAUGUCACGUCAAGUCCAGGAACGCACGGAGCGCCUUGGAAUGGUGGGCGACACGAUGGACCGCCUCGAAGAGAACAGCGGUAACUUUGCCGCAGACGUAGGCAAGUACGUCCAAAGCCAAAAGAAGAAGGCUAUCUUUGGCGCCCUCGGGUCGAAAUUCGGAUUCUAG